UACGUGUUGGCUAGGGUGUAUCAUAACCAAACAUGCUCAAUAAUAAGGGCCACGUUCUGCGGUCUGACAUCACUCUGGCUGGUUGGUUUGGUUCAUCUUCCCAGCUCAAGAUGGUGGAACAAAAGGUGGUGCUCAAAAUUUUGGCCAUGAAUGAUGAGAAAACCAAACAGAAAGCCAUGGAAGCUGUUGCAGAUAUCUAUGGGAUAAACUCGAUCGCAAUUGAUCUGAAAGAGCAGAAGAUGACAAUCAUCGGAGAGAUGGAUACAGUUGCCAUUGCUAAAAAGCUGAAGAAAAUCGGGAAGAUCGAUAUAGUAACAGUCGGACCUGCUAAAGAAGAGAAGAAAGACGAGAAGAAAGAAGAGAAGAAAGAGGAGAAAAAGGAUGAAAAGAAAGUGGAAAAAAAGGAUGAAAAGAAGGAAGAGAAAAAGUAGUGAAAGGUACAAGUAUGGAUGUUUUGCAAGAUAAAUCUUAUAUCAUAGUUAUAUCUGUAUACCUGUAUGCGAAAAGACGUGAGGCAACUAGCAUAUUUGCAGCGGGCACGCAUGCUCUGUGACUCAUUGCAUCUCAGCAUGAAAUAAAUUUUAAUCAAUGAUCAAGAAAGCCACAAGACUA